AUGGCCUCCUCCCUGCUCCGCUCCGGCCACCGCUUCCUGCUCCGCCACCACGGCCGCCUCCCGGCGGCCUUCUCCACCGCCGCCGCCGAGGAGCUCAUAGACGUGCGCAAGCUCCCCACCGACUACGACCCCGCCACCUUCGACUCCACCGCCCCGCCGUCCCGCCCGCCGCCCUCCGACCGCGUCUGGCGCCUCGUCGACGACGUCUCGUCCCUCACCCUCGCCGAGGCCGCCGAGCUCUCCUCCCUCCUCCUCCGCCGCCUCGACAUCCCCUCCGCGCCACCCAUCGCCAUCCUCAACUCCGCCGCGGGCCUCGGCGGCGGCGGAGGUGGGGCGGCCGCCGGCACGGCCGGAGACAAGCCGGCCGCGGCGGCCGAGAAGACGGUGUUCGAGCUGCGGCUGGAGGGCUUCGACGCGGCCAGCAAGAUCAAGGUGAUCAAGGAGAUCCGGACGUUCACCGACCUUGGGCUCAAGGAGGCCAAGGAGCUCGUGGAGAAGGCGCCCGCGGUGAUCAAGGGAGGAUUGUCCAAGGAGGAAGCCCAGGCGAUCGUCGAGCGGAUGAAGGCCAUUGGCGCCAAGGUUGUCAUGGACUGAUCGGCGCCUGCAUUCCAAGGUACUGUUGAAUGUCUUGACCAUAUGUUUACCAUGGUUGAUGGUUGCCAGCAGCUUGGGACUGCCCGUGUUAACUGGAAACUUGUAAGGCUCAAAGGUCGUCAAAAUGCUGGAUGCGCUCCAUCGAUGCCGAUGAUGCCUCUUCCCCUAUUUUGUUGAUGAAUUUUCUGUCUCUAACACGAAAUGUGCAAUAAAUUAUUUCUUGAAAAUGAUAUAAAAAGGCGGAGCUGAAGUGUGUAACUUUUAGUUAAUUUAUCACUGCAGCUUGUCUGCUUUUUUUCGAGCGUCAAA